CUCUGGGACAGCGCCGUGAUGGGCACAGGGCCACGCACAGCCCGGCCCAGCCGCGUUACACUGUAGCUUGCUCCUGUGAUGUCCUGGACCACGGGAUGAAUGGCACGCUGCCCGAGCGGAGCAUCAAACUGUGCGUUAACUUUAACAUUGCAGACCUGUCUGUGCACAAAAGUGUCCCGGGUCAUGAAACUGAAUCCACAACAGGCUCCAUUAUAUGGCGACUGUGUCGUCACCGUCCUGCUGGCCGAGGAGGACAGAGUGGAAGAGGAUGUCGUGUUUUACUUAGUGUUUUCGGGUUCUGCCCUCCAUCACUGUGCGAGCACUCGGAAGGUCAGCUCUGACACGUUGGAGACCAUCGCUCCUGGUCAUGACUGCUGUGAGACCGUGAAGGUGCUGCUGUGCGCCUCCAGAGGCGGCCUGCCCGUCUCUGUGGUGGCCGAGGAAGACUUCCGCUUCAUCAAGGAUGAGGCAUAUGACGCAGCCCAGUUCCUGGCGACCAGCGCUGGCAACCAGCAGGCUCUAAACUUCACCCGCUUCCUGGACCGGUCAGGGCCGCCAGCCGGGGACGUGAAUUCCCUGGACGAGAAGGUUGCGCUGGCAUUCCGACACCUGAAGCUGCCGGCCGAGUGGAACGUGCUGGGGACUGAUGCGGCUCUGCACGAUGCCGGCCCCCGCGAGACCUUGAUGCAUUUUGCUGUGCGCCGGGGACUGCUGAGGUUGACGUGGUUCCUGUUACAGAAGCCGGGUGGCCGCGGAGCUCUCAGCAUCCACAACCAGGAAGGGGCGACGCCUGUGAGCCUGGCUCUGGAGCGAGGCCACCACAAGCUGCACCAGCUGCUCACCCAGGAGGAUGCUGGGGAGCCCGACUCCUGGAGCAGCCUGUCGUACGAGAUCCCUUGCGGAGAGUGCUCCGUGAGGCACCACCGGGGGCUGGGCGUUUACACGCUGACCUCGGGGGCUGAGGCGCGGCGGGAGUCCCCGGCUGCUGAAGAGAGCUGCACGGGACAGAUUUUUAAACUGAUGAACAUCCAACAGCAGCUAAUGAAAACAAACCUCGGGCAGAUGGACAACCACUUGCCCUUGAUGGUGACAGCACAGGACCCCGGCAGUGCACCCCGCACCCCAAAGACAGAUGGCUGCUUCCUGCCGGGUGCACCGCAGCCCUGGGGCAGCCAACAGCUUCCUCUUUGCCAGCCCCAGCGGGCUGCACGCUGCCAAGGAGGCCCCACUGGACAGAGUGACCGUGCCUGUGCCCCACUGAGCCUGGCUGAGGGAGAGCGCCCGGACCAGCCCUGCAGGCGGGAGGAAGGCGUGGCCGCAGAAGGGGAAGAGGCGGAGCCAGCGUGUGCCCUGGACUGCAGAGCUGUGUCUGGGCAGGACAGCUGCCUUCCCCGUGAGCCUCGCUGUGAGGUGGAGGGCGCAGAGGGCUCCCCGUGCUCUGGAGACAGUCAGGGAGAGCAUGGAAGAAAGCCUGGAACCCUGAAGAGUGGAAGUAGUGUGCCCCCAGGGGGCACGGUCAUGGAGCCAGGCCUAGCCUGGUGUCUCCCUGGGGGCGUGCUGGCAGCUGGGGUGGCCACAGGUGCAGCCGAGCAGGAAUUGGAGGCCCUGGCUGCUGCCACGCAGGAACAGGUUCCUCAAGGAAGGGAGAAGAAUGCAGCGGGGGGAUUCGGAACCUCAGAUGCCGGCACAGCUGGAGCUGCUUCCCUGGGAGGAGGCAGGCCUGCUGCUUCUGCGCUCCGUGUCAGUCAUGGAGGAAGUUCUGUUGAGAAGGCUGCAGGAACGGAAGCUCCUGGAACAGGACCCGUGCAGAAAGCUGAUGUCCCAGUGGGUCAUGGCUGCCUGAGCCCUGCGGAUGCUCUGGACAAGAUUCCAGGUGGAUUAGAACCUGGCACCGCCCUGGCAGCAGGCCUGGGUAAGGCCGUGCCCUCCUUGGAUGAGGAUUCCACACGGGACCAGCGGUCAGAAGUAAAUUCCUGCACUGAUGGGAGUUGGCAGGGCGCCCACUGUGCCGGUGUGCAGUGCACAGCGCCUCCUAGUGGCGAGUCUGGGGCACAGCACCCCAGGGACGAAGACCCGCCCAGCAUGCCAGGUGCUUCCCCUGCUGUGGGCUGUGCAGACCCACAGUGCCCUGUGCCCUCCCAGCCUGUGGGCGAGACCCACGAGCCGGAGGAUGACUAUCCUUUUGGAGUUUUGCAUGAAGUGGGCCAGAGGAAAGAGUUGAAGCCAGAUACAUUUUCAGUAAAUGCACUUGCGGUUGUCUCACCUCCACACGAAGUUGUCUCUGAAACUGCAGAGGCAGUGGUGCCAGGCCAGGCGGUGACAUCAGACAGCACUGUCUCUCUGGCAGGCGGUCCCGGCUGUGAAUCAGGAACCAGAGAUGACGCGCUUUGUCCUGUCCCCUCCCACAAAAAGGGGACGGCAGCUCCUCAGCUGCACGCAGCCGCAGAAGGCCUGGAGCGCCGGGCCGGGGAGCCCGGCAGGCCUGGUGAGACGGGGCCAUCUGCCUCGUGUCCUACUGCCGCCCUUGAGCCUGGCAUGGGGAAUACCAGCCCCGCAGGACUUGGUGGGCAGCUGGAGGGGCCUGGCCCGUCGGCACACCCUGAGCCAGUGACCGCCGAGGGUGGCCCCGAAGCUGCCCUGCAGGGCGUGGGGCCGGCUGCCCCAGAGAGCCCUGUGGCUCCGAGACAGGGCGAUAGGGCGGAGGCGGCGACUGGACCUUCCACCGAGGAAGGCACACUUCCCUCAGGGGCGCUGCGAGCUGAGCAGCCGGCUCCUGGCCUUGAGCCCUGGGCAUGCUCUGAGAACCCCAGCCCGGCUGCCCAUGGCGAGGACCAGGCGCUGCAGCCCUGCCACUCGCCGGGCACACCCUCUGCCUGGCUGAAGAUGGAGACGGUGUGUGAUCCGGAAGUGGCCCUGCAGGGCUCUCUGCUGUCUGAGGGUGGGGCUGCAGGGGGCCUGGGGGUACCAGGAGCAGGCCCGGCCACAGAGCAGAAGCGCUCCCCUCUGUCGCCACAGGUGCGACCAGAGGACUCCGAGGCUCCGAGCUGCGAGCUGCCCUUGGUGCAGGGUGUUGGCACGAAGACCUCUCCCUCCCAGGAGAACGCGGAUCCCCACGGGGUGAGGAGAGAUGAGGCGGUGGGCACUGCUGCCGCUGGUCCUCAAGGCCCCUCCAGGCCCGGGAGCAAGGACUUUUCUCACGACUCCCUGGAUAUCCCAUUGCCCGAAGUUGUGCUCGGGAUGGAGAACAGUGUGACCUUGGGCCUGCCGGAACCAGCACUGGGCGGCGUCCUGAUGGACGUGCCUGCGGCUGCGGCCCCAGAGAUGCCCCCUGCUGACUGCCAGGAAGAUCGGCUGGAGGGUACAGACCACAGCUGUGCUGGGUGCGGCGCCACCGACACUGCAAUGGAUGGUAAAUCCCAGUGGCCUGUCCUCCAGGCGCGGCUCCCGGAGGAUGAGGCCCCAGCUGGUGGGCUGCCGUGCAGGGCAGCCUUGCCCACAGGCGGGGACAAGAGUGCUUGCCCUCUGCCUCCCGGGCUCUCUGCCCACAGGCAGCCUCUACCCCAAGGAGCCCACUCGAUCGAGGCAGCUGCCAACCACAUCGUGGAGGCGGUCAUGGAAUGGGUCAGGGCCUCGGGAGCCCUGAUGCCCCAGGGAGCACAUGCCCAUCCCGAGAGCGUCUCUGCGGAGGAAGGGGGCGCCCGGCCCCCCGAGGUGGCCUUGCAGGAGUCGGAGGAGAGGAGCCUGCCUGUCCGAGGACCCGCAGCAGCUGCAGAAAUGCCAGAUACGAAAGCUGAAGAUGAAGUGGAUUUUGUGGGAAAUGGCAGUGUGAUUUCGGUUUCUGAAGACCCGGCAGUGGGCAGUGGCGCUCCUGCAGCCGAGACGGGACGAGGCCCGAAGAGCCAGGCGGUGAGUGCCAUGGCCUGCUGGCCUGCCGCGGGCCUGGGUUGCGGGUGGCAGAGGGACCUGGUGCUUCACCUCCUCCUGCUGUGUUGUUGCGCUGAUCCCUGGUGAAUGGGCACCUGCAUAGUGGGCACAGAAAUGAGUUUGCCUAUCUUUAAAUGCCUGAGUAAAUCAGCAUGUGAUAGGGCAAAGGGAGAGGGAGUCUCCUGUGGGAAUCCCUUGGAGUUGUUGUGAAAAACUUUCUCGCUGACCUCGAGACUGCGACACUUGUCACAAAGCAUCCCACAACGAUGGUCACCGCCCAGAUGGCUCUCGGGCCUCCCCUCCCCGACGCUCCGCGUACAGUGGUGGCAUAGGUACGAUUGUACCUCCCAGCUCAGUGGUCACUGCUGGAGUACAGAAUGCGUCACAGUGAGGACAGCGGCUUGGUGUGUCUCUGUGACAGAUGUACGGGAUACAGGUCACACCCUGAGAAAUCUGCCUAUUCAAGUAAGGGGCACCGCUGAGUGGUUUUAAUAUAGCUAGGUUUGUGGAGGGACUUAAGCUGAUAUUCUGAUUUUAGGAAAGGACUGUCACCCACCCCCCCAAACAAGCCCCGCUGUUAAUCUGCUGCUCCCAGCCUGUCCCAGCUGCUUGCCAUCUUGAAUCCACUUCUUAUUGUCACGGGUUUACCCUUUGUGGGACUUCACAUCAAUGGAUGAUGUUUUGUGACUGCCUUUCCCUCGGUGUGUUUUCAGGACACGCGUGUUGUAGCGUGUGGCAGCGUGUUCCUUGGCAGGUGCGUGCUCCAUGCUGCGUCUGUUGCGGGCUGUGUGUGGGUCUGCAGGCAAGGGCACCUUGCAGAGCAAAUUCACCUUAAAAUU